GCUAUCGGGGCCAUCGGGGGCUAUCGGGCCCGGGCCGGUGUCACAGUCUGGGGCCACUGGGGGCUAUCGGCCCGGCCGGUUACAGUGGUUUUCAUUCACCCCUCGGUGUUUGCCCCACGAUCGGCAUCUUCUUCUGGCAAACAAGGCUUUAGGCCUGAAGGUGAAGCAGACAUAACCCGGCCUCUUAUCUACGGUUGAAAAUAUGGGGAAUGCCGAAAGCAAUGCCUAUCAGAAUCACCUUUCCAGAUUUCUUCCUGAGGAGCAGUCUGAAAUUGAUGGACUGUUUGAUACCUUAUCAGGAUCGAGCAGCUCAGCUGGAACAAGAAAUCCCAAAGCUGCAAAGAAAACUGUAACUCUGGCAGCACUACAGGCACACACCCGGGAGCCCCUGCCAGAGCCAAUGACUGCUCGCUUGUACAAUGGAAUGAAAAGCAUUGACCUGCCUGGCAAAUCAUCGGGGCUCAGUCAGCAGAUUGCUAAGGAGCAGUUUGUAAUUUUUAUGUCAAACCUCUUAAAAGGGAAUGCAGAUGAGAAGAUUAGCAUAAUAAUGAGAAUGAUCUCCAAGACAGGAGGGCCUCUGAAGGGCAAACAAAUCCAAGAGUUCACAGAGGAUCUGAUCACUUCUGUAGUCCAUGUACUGAGCUACAGGAAGGAGCUGAAAGGUUGGAGUUUGGAGAAUACGAGGGAUUCUUCAAGCGGAGUCAAAGCUUUGGCUUCUGAGCUGCUCUCAGAAUUGAAGCUUCCAGAUGGGACAAAACCCGUGGGUUCUCAGCUGCUGGAGACAAAUUUUGACCAAAGUGUCAUUGAGGAUUGGGUGUACCGAGUUCCCCAGAUCUCAGUUUUCCUCAGUGUUGUCAUCAGGCAAGGCCUCCAAGUCCUGCAUUCCCUCCCAGACCAAACCAACGACAUCCUCAACCUGGUUCCUCACUGCAAAGGCAUCAAAGGAAGAGGAGUUGUCAGUCUCUUUGACAUCCCAGCCAUCAUCUACAUCAACUCCCACCUGCCUGCAGAGAUGCAGCACAAGUGGCAGCUUUUAUUUUCCUCCAGGCUCCAUGGGGAGAGCUUCUCACAGUUGUGUGCCCAUAUAGUGAACAAAGGUCCUUGCCUGGUAAUCAUAAGGGACUUGGAUGGUUUCCUCUUUGGUGGGUUUGCAUCUCACUCCUGGGAGGUGAAGCCACAGUUCCAAGGUGACAACAGAUGCUUUCUGUUUUCUGUUUUUCCCACUCUGGCUGUAUACACAUACACAGGGUACAAUGACCACUACAUGUAUUUAAACCAUGGCCAACAGACUAUGCCAAAUGGACUUGGGAUGGGUGGACAGCAUGGCUACUUUGGGCUCUGGAUAGACAGUGACUACGGGAAGGGCCACAGCAAAGCCAAACCUCGAUGUACCACCUACAACAGCCCCCAGCUGUCAGCCAAAGAGGAUUUUACACUGGAUGCCAUGGAAGUCUGGGCGGUGGGAGAUGCCCCUGAGAGUGCAGGGAGAAAAGGUAAGAAGAGUAUCCUGGAUGUGGAUCCUCAGGCUCAGGCCUUGUUAGAAAUGGCUGGAAAAAGCCGUCAGAGCGAAGGUCUGCGGGAGCCCAUGGAGGAGGAUGAAGGUAAUGAUGAUGAGAACUAAAGGAGCCACAGUAACAUGAAAAACCUUUGCUUUUAUUUGCUUCAAGUGAUGAUGAUGUUCCUUGGAGAAGAUAUUUUUUUCCUAUUUUUUCCCCCCUUGAAUUUACCUAAUUGUCUAGGACAAAGCUUAAGCCUUGUACUUGUGUAAUAUUUAGGUUGAAAACACUAUUCUGCCUGAAGGGUUUUGUUUGGGGAGGACAAAAAAAUUAACUGGGGUCAUAAUCAUUAGGCAUGGCUGAGCUCCAGCUGAAUAUGAAUCUGCUUUCAUUCCUCAUAGAUCAUGCCUGCACUCUGAGUUAAAAGCAGCAGAAGUUAUUGACAGUAUGGCUUUCUGUCCUGGAGAAUUGAUAUGUACAUAGUUAUAUAUUUAUAAAGUCUGUUCAAGGCACUGAUUAAAGCUGAUACCUCAACUGCACAUAUUUAUUUGCAUGCAAUGAAAUUAGUCAGCAAUGCUUACAAAUGUAAUGGUGUCUUACACUGGUGAGCACAGAAUAGUCCACAUGAUGCCAUAUGAAGAGUGCUAUUAAUUUACAUUGCUUCAGUUAAAGCACUAAAUUCAAACUUUUUAAGUCAGAUUUUCAGCAGGUGAUUCCAUCUGAGCUGUAGGAUGUCCAGAACAGUUACACAACAACAAGUUUUAUAGUAUUACACUAUCCCUAGAGCAUCUCACUUCAUCACUUUCUGUAGAAAUUUGUCUGCUGCUUUUUAAACUUAGGCCAGAAUCACUGGAGCCGUAUUUAUCCUAAAAAUGGGCCCUACCUCCAGAAGCAGAAUUCUCUAGAGAGGGUACAUCCUUGGGUAGCCUUAUGAGACUGCAGUAAAAGAUCAGGCUGUAAAAAUGGCUGAGUAAGAAGCAGCCACAUUUAACUGAGAAUAGGAUCUGCAGAUACCUUGUGGGAAAAAAAAAAAAAAAAAAAACCCUCUUUUUUAUGACUGUAAAAUGUUUAAAGAAGAUUGCUGUACAUUUUAUUUCCACAUAAUGAAUCAUUACUCUGUGAUGGAAAAGAAUCCCCACAAUGUGAAAUGCAGCUGGGGUUUGUGCUCUGUUUUGUGGCUGUUCACCACUCAGCACCAGUUUUGUCAGGUCUCUUAUACUCAGGACUUUUUCUACAUGAAUUAUCGUUCCCAUCCCUCAGUAAUUAUUAGUCUGACCUUGCUAUUUCUAUGUGUAAUUAACUUGUCAAAAAUAACCCAAAUUUCUACUCAGCAACAAGUUUUUGGUUAUCAGUGUCUCUGAUUGUCAGUCUUUCUCCUCCUGAGGAAAAGGACUGUGUCCAAUCCCUUUUGACCUGUCAUGAGUUUGUCUUCUUUGCACCUUAGAGAAAAACAAAAGAAUGCUGUAAUUUCUGCUCAUGUGGCCUUCCUUGAAAUUCUUUCCCUUGGUGUUCUCUUCUAUGAGAUUUUCCCCCCCUACUUGUUGUUUUUCAUAAGGAGCCAGAAUUGAAUUUUCUGAACAAUCUGCACUUGUGCCUUAACAGAGAUCUCAUUUUUAAAAAUUAUAUUAAACAACAUGAAUUUAGCCUUGAAAGGAGAGCAUGAAGAAAGCACUCCAGCCAGGCAUCCUAGGACUCAGCAGUGUGUUUUGUAGAGUACCUGAACAAAUGCUGGGGAUGUUUAUAUGCUCUUUGUUCCAAUACUGAGAGUGCUGUGAAAGGCCUGGGAGAAUGUCCUUUUAUGCUGUGUUUACUUAGAGAAACCAGAUCAUCUCCCAGGUUUGUUACACACAGGAAAAAAUAAGCAUCAGAACGAUUCAAUUGCACUGAUACCUUUGUACAGUUCUCUAUAUAUUAAUAAUAUUAAAUUUCACAGUGUAAGGAGUAGUAAGUACAUGAUGUCUUACAUGAUGUAAGUUGGUGAUAUCAGCCUUUGUUUGAACAUUCUCAAACUCCCACCAGGAGUUUCAAAGGUCUUUUUCACUCAGCAAUGACUAAGCCUAUUAAACACUCCCAUGUGGAUGGCAUACAGGAUGAGACAGUUGAAUUUCUGCACUUAAAAUAAACAGCUAGACUUUAUUUUACUUCCAUUACAAGGCAGAAGGUUGUUUUUGAGAACUGAAACCCUCUUCAAGGGUAUAAAAAAA